GCAAGUUUGCGCCAGCCACUUCGAGGUUCAUUGGCGAACCGCACAUUGCAUUAAGCUUCUCCAAGCUCUCGAGCCAAGCAACGCCGUUUUGCAGAGUAAUCUUAACCGUACCAACCAUAGUUCUUACACUUGCUCGAAACGGGACAGACAACGUCCUACAAGGCCAAAAGGAGAUGCAAAGGGUGAUUUUAACUCUCUGGUCCGCUUACAAGCCAGGUACCCCGCGCUUGACUAAGUUCAUUUGUAGCAUUCAGCUCUCAGCUCUCAGCUCUCGCCCUCGUACCGCCUCGGUAGGUGAACCAGGAUAUGCAGUCGGAAGUCUAGGCCCGGCCUUGGACAAGGUCCACCAGAGCUUCCGUGUGCAUACAGUUAAACUGUGGUUGUGAAUGUGGCGGCACGGUCAAAGGCUCCCCCAGACUGGCUGCCAUGUAUGUGGCUGGCAAUGGAUGCGAAAACUCAGCUGAACAUGAAGAGCCAAAAAGCCUUCCGGGACGACGGGAUUGAUGAUCACACACGUGAAAGAAUUCAAGCUGAGCCAGUGCAAAGCUGAGAUCUUGAGCACUCGGCACAUCCAUGCACAGCGUCCAAGAUGUCGAAAGAAUAAGGAUGUCCACAAGCCACGCUGUUUUACAGAUUCUUUGAACAGCCACCAGACACCAAGAUGGCGAGUAUCACUUUCGACACUGAGCUUAUGGUCAACCAUAUUGCCGCAACACCGGCAAAACCAGGGAGUGCGUUCACUACUGUGCUUGAGCCCAAGUCACGCAGACCUGCGGUCAUCAGCCUGAGCAAUGAGAACCCUCCUGUGCUUGAACUGAUCAAGGAGGACGAUGCUGGCAACCGCAACUUGAUCAACCUUGGAGGCAAGUUGAAUCUACCAGCUGGUGCUGUGAUUCAAGCCUUCGUGGCAGAGCAGGCCGAGGACUUGAAAAUUUAUAUGGCUGUUGCCGUCAAGAAUGACAAGAACUCCGAUGUCUAUGUUUGCAGGCCUUUCCUGCUUGAUGAUCUCAGCAAUAUCCAGCAAUAUCCCAAGCAAAAGAUGGAGAUGAUUAAUAAACUGUUCAUGGGAGCGGUAACGAAGUCCGGUGAUUAUCCGCUGCUUGUGGCAGACAUUCAGCCUCCAGGGAGAGCAAGCAGCAAAAGUAGUGAUCUCAAGGCCAUCUGGGUUGACGGCGACAAGACAAAAUCGUUGCAAACUUUUCAACCGCCGCAGAAUGCAGAUAAGAUCAUGUCUGUUGCAGUCGCAUCAUAUGGUGUCCUCGGGAAGGGUCUAUGGAUUCUUUAUUCUACACAGAACGAGUCCAAACUCAUCUGUAACCUCGCUCGUCCUGGAACCGACGGUGAAGCUUUACACUAUCAACAAUUGGAGCCAGCGUGCCAUCCCAAAGCAACCGCUAUUGCCUCGUAUACUGACAAGGACCAACGGUCUGGCCUCCUCAUGGGAACUCCGAACGGAUUAUUCACUAUUUCUGCCGAUGACUGCAUCCACUCAACGAAAUCGCAUACCCUGAUUUCCAAUGACAGCUUCUUCAAUGCACCUACCAGCCUUUUCGUGGCGCAAGACGGGCCAUACUUGACGAUCUGGGGUCUCAGUCAAGACGGGCAGUUAGGUUAUCUCACGACAGAUUCUGCAAACAUCGAGAAAAAACAAAAGCCUGGGGCUGUGCUGCUUGGAAAACAGUCGUCGUCGUCAUUCUCGCCUUCCAUUUCUCAGCCUAGCCCGGAAGCCAAGCUCAACACUGUCACUCAAAUCGUCAUAUCAAAUGACUUUCAGGGGAAGCUGACGAUGCUAGUACAGAAUCAAGACAGUGGGAUAUGGAGGUCUGAGCCGUUUGGCAUCGCUGACUACAACAAGACGGUUGAGAUUCAAAGCUAUGCAGUAAGACUAACCAUCAGAAACGAGAAGAGCAUCCCUAUCGUGAAUGGCGAGGUGUGUGUGGUGGCUUCCUCUGACACAACUGCUUAUGUCAACGGUAGGACGUACAACAUCACGUCAGAUCUGGAUGGAACCUGGUUGCCGAUGGAUACGUCCGGUCAGGUUUCCAUGAUUGUGGCUACCAACAUGAUCUCAGGCCGCUCGUUCCGCGUCGUUCAAGUCAGAGACAACCAAAAAUCGGAUGUCGAGCUGGCAGAUCGUACGGUCAAGAUUGACCCAAGCUUGAAGGUGGUGCACACUCUCUGCUCCAAACUCGGUGGUGAUACAGAUUUGGGAAGUCUAAAGACGCAAUCCGGCCAAAAUCUCUGGUCGGAGAGCGAAAAGCCCAAGCAUGAAGACUUGAAAGCGGCCCGAGAAUGCUUCAAAAGUAUGAACCAAGCUCGCUCCGAUAUCCUGAAUCCCACCUCCUCGCGGCGUGCCGACCUUGGCACGGCAUUGGCAGACCUUGGAAACAUGACUAUGGACGCGUUCCAUCACGUCAAGGAUGCGAUAAACCACGCAGUGGACUGGGUGGUCGAGAAAGUGCAGGGAGUCUGGCGAUUUGCGUGCCAGAUUGCUGGCGAGAUGAAGAGAUUUGUGCUGGACACCAUCGAAAAAAUUGGUGAAGCUGCACAAUGGGUGUGGAACAAGAUCAAGCUGGGCUGGCAGAAGCUGCUGGACUUCUUGGGCCAUCUGUUUGGCUGGGAUGAUAUCAAGAACACGAGCAAUGAUAUCUACGACCUUCUGGUCGGCAGUAUCGACUGGGUAUCGAAUGGCAUCGCCAAGGUGGAGCCGAAAGUCGAAGGUUUCUUCGACAAGUUGAAGAGUGAAGCUACAAUUCCGAAAUUGAACGAACCAAAGUCGACGAACCAGGGAGCGAGCGGAAAGAGCAGCUCCUCCGCAAAGGCAUCAAAUAGUCCAGCAUUCAACUACCUCACAGACAGGAUGAAGCAUGGUAACCCUGGAUCAUCUGCCGGUUCAUCGACGAGCAACCAACCUCAAAGCGGGCAGCCGUCCUUCGAAGACAUAUUGAAGCCGCUUGGCGAAAGUUUGAUGAAAGUGGUGACUGAUAUUGCCAACGAUGUCUCCAAGCUUUUCAACAGCGCCGGAGACAUGUCGCCAGCGGACCUCUUUGCAAGACUCGGGGAUAAACUCCUUGUCAAUGUAAUUGAUGUCAUCAAGUCAAUCGUCCUUGGGGUGUUGAAGUUUCUGCGCAAGUCGAUUGGCCUUUUCAAGGAUAUCGCCACCGGCAAGAUCAGCGUUCCGAUAAUCUCUGCACUGUACAAACUAUGCACCGGUGAUGACUUGAACUGGAUCAAGUUGGUCUCCUUCAUUCUUGGCUUUAUGACUUGUACCCUCUCGAGAAUCGUCACCGGUAAGCCACCUCCCAGGCUCCAUGAACCGGGUCAGAAAUUUCUCGAUAAAAUGGUCGAUGGCAGCACCACCUCGGAUGAGAAGAAGGGGAACGCACUUUUCUUCUCUGGAGUCGGUUUGAGCAUAAGCGCCGUCAAAAUUAUUUACGAUGCCAUCACCGUCGCUAAAAGCGUGACAAAGGUUGGAGCCGUCGAAACGGCUGUUGGCAGCGUCAAGACGGAAGCAUUCGGCAUCGUCAUGGACAUUGCCAGUGCCAUCUGCAUCUAUCCCAGCGAUCCCAGGGCCCCGGGCUACGACAUUCGCAAGUGGAUAGUCUAUCUCAACGGGGCAAGUAUCUGCAUGGAUGUGGCGCUCAAGAUUGGCAGCAAGGGGCCGAACCCGGCGAUGGAGAAGGGUGUUGCAAUAUUCAAGUUCAUCACCGACGUGGUCAAUGCUUGUUUGUAUGGCAUGGUUUUCUCAAAAGAGCUCCAGGCGGAUAAAAAGUAUUGGACAGACAAGGACGACGAUCUGACGAAUUGUGCCAUCUGCGAGGACGUUUUUGGAACGGUGAAGAGUUGCGGCAAACUGAUCUGUGGCGUGUCUGGCGAAUCACCACAAUCUGCUGUUGUUGGAUUGGCUGUUAUGGCAGCGGCUGGGCUGGGGUUGACAGUCAACAAGGGAUUUACACUCAACCGUGUUGCUGAGGUGAAUCCUCAGUGUUAUCGUGGUGCACUCUGUUAGUCAAGGAUCAUUCUGAAGUUUGAGGAGACUCGACCAUUCUUGGCUGGGUGUAGUGAUAGUUACGAUAUUAUGAAAGUCAGUCUCGACGUUUUCCACAGUCACAUGUAGCUGCGUUUCAAGUUGGUGACCGCAUAACUCCAU